CUCCUUGUAAAACCUAACAUUUAUCCACUUAAGGUACCUGAGAAUAGACUCAUACUGUGUUACAUUUGUUCCAGAUUCAAUACUUAACCUUUGGAAUCUACAAACCAUAGACCUAGGCAUUUCGAGGCGUAACAUUCCAACUUCUUUCCCUAUCAAAAUGUGGAAACUCAAACAUUUAAGGCAUUUAAAUACAAGAGGGCCUAUGAAGUUGCGAGGUAGUUGUUCAGAAUCAACCGAGAAGAUGUGGAAUCUUCAAUCCAUCCCUGCCCUUCUACUCAACCGACAAGCAAUAUCUCUGAUAAAGAAAGGAACAUUCCCCAAUCUUAAGAGAAUAGGGUUGAAAGUGGCUUCUAGAAACAAAGGUGAAUUUCCCAUAUUGUUGCAGAGCUUACUACAAUUAAGUAAUUUGAAUAAUUUAGAAAUCGUUCUCCGAGAUAGGCAUGACAAAGGCAUCGAGGACUCGGUGGAGGAGAGUGUGGAAAGGAAUAAUGGUUGCAAGCCGCAAGAAUUGUUACAAAGCUUAGAACAAUUCAGUUCUCUAACUGUCUUAAGCAUCGAUAAUUGUUUGGACCUUCUAACAUGUGCGGUCACACUCCCUCCAAAUGUUACAGAGUUAACAUUGUCAGAGAUUAGGUGCAUCAAUGAUGACGGGAUGAAUGGUUUGGGAAAUCACACAAAACUCAAAAUUUUGAGACUUUGUGGAGAUAAUGUUCCAUAUGAGAAUUCCUUUGACCUUAAUUGUGUCGAAGGCAACUUUCCACAUCUGGAAGUGUUUGAAAUGGAAUUUUUGGCAGUUGGAAAAUGGAAACUAGGCAAUGGUGCAAUGUCAAGGCUUAAUAGUUUGCUCAUCUACCGUUGUGGAAGGUUAGAUGAUCUUCCGAGUGAACUAUGGUGUUUGAGUGAGUUGAAAAAAGUGCAGGUUACAGAACCAUCUGAACAAUUGACUCACAUUCUACGAAAUUUGGAAUUGAACAAUGGAAUUCAACUCGUCAUGGAGGAUGAUCUUGAUAGAAUUUAUAGUUAUGAAAAUCUCUUUUGGAGAAAUCUUUUAGGUAGAACAUUGUAAUUUAUUUUAUUGGAUGCAUUGUAACAUUUAUAUCAGAAUUUUGAAUAUUAAUAAUAUCUUGA